GGUCGGCCCAGUCCAGCCCAGAUUCAACCUCUCAUUUACAGACGCCCUCCCUGAAUACUUAAGGAGCUUUCCCACCCAGUGCUGGCUUUUAGAGUAAGUCGUUGGCUUAUUUAUAAAAGUAUUACCAAAGAAAGCUGGAAGACUUACGGAUAUAAGCUGUUUUUUAUCUCUGGGAAGGAGUUCAAAAUGUCCAUCGCCCAGGCGGCGGCCAAGGCCAUACUAUCUGAUGCCCUGCUGCAGAGCAGCCCCGGGCUAAACCGGAUCAGCCACCUGGAGCUGGAGCUUCCUUUAGACAAGGUCAUCAAGUAUGUGUCUGUCGGCCUUCCCCUGAUGCUGGUGUCCAUGGCCUUAGCUCGUGAGAUCUCCCUGGGCCCACAGAUCAGCUGCUUUCCUCCCGGCAACUUCUCCAUCAAGCAGGCCAGCUACGUCGACACAUACUGCUGGGACUCUCUCAUGCAUCAUGAGUUUGACAGCAAUGGGAACCUUGAGGAGCGCUCGCUCUGGGUACACAAAAUGUUCCCAUACUCUCUUCUGGCCAUGGCAGUGUUGAUGUACUUGCCAGCUCUAAUCUGGCGCCAGCUUGUCAUGCCCACGCUGGGUUCAGACCUGCUCUUCAUAAUUGAUGAACUGGAUAAGUCGUACAACCGCUCAAUCCGAAUGGCUCAGAGCAUUCUCGACAUGCGGCAGAACACUAAGAACCCCCUCACAUUUCAGGCCGAACUGCAAAGGGCCAGGAAGAAGCAAUACUUUGAGUACCCCCUUCUUGAGAGAUACAUGCAGUGCAAGCAAAACUCUUAUUUCCUUGUCAGCAUGCUUUUCUUGCGGGGCUUCCUCCUCUUGACCUUUAUGACAGCUGCCUGUCUCUACCUGGCCUACUUCCACCUGUCUGCCUUCCUGCAGGACGAGUUCAGCUGCUUUGUCCGCACCGGCAUGCUACGUGAUCAGAAUUGGGUUCCUGAACUGGUUCAGUGCAAAAUGAUUGGCCAGUUGGUUUUUCAGGUUAUAAGCGUGGCAAACGGUGCAAUCUACGUCCUGUUGGCUCCUAUUGUCCUCUUCAGCCUGAUUCGGCUCUUUGUCUGGGACACCACCUUUUUCUCUGUCUACGAGGUCCUCCCGGCCCUCAACCUCAUCCAUCACCGUAAACUCGGCUGCCCAUUGAAUGACCUCAAUGUCCUCUUGCUCUUCCUGCAUGCCAACAUAGCUCACCUGAUGUCCUAUGGGAAGGUGAGGGCACUGUGCUCACUAGCGCCACCACAGGUUGGCAAUACCACCGCAGCGCAGGGAUUGAGUGCGAUGCUGACCCAAGAGGAGAUGGAAGAGCGUGAGGAGGCUGCGAUGGAGCUGACAGAGGAGGUGGAGGAGGCCAAGGAGGAGGGGAAGCUUAACUUGGUGGAUAUCAUGACUAUUCUGGGAGCGGCGCAGGGAAGGGUAGUGAACUGCAGCGAGAAGAGGCCAUUGGUGGAGGAGAAUUUGAGUCUUGGUACCGUAACACUUAUCUACUCACUAAAACGCUUUCUGCUUGUAGCUAUUUUUACCUACAUAAUCUGGGAUGUACAGAAAAUGAUUUAGUGACCUCCAAACUACAUUUUGCUACAAUUUACUUGCUUUGAUAAUAGCAAGUGCUUUGAAUUUGAGAUAGCAUAACAUAAUUCUCUCUUAACUGAACACACAAUUUGGGCUUGUCCACAUGGACCUAAGAAACACUUCCAACUCUAUUUAAACACCUUGCUAAAUAUUUCCCUUUAUUUUGAACUAUGUUGCCUCUGCUUUUCUUUGUUAUUGAAGCCAGACUAAGCUGCCUACAUUUCUAAAAGAGUGUUAUGGAAGCACUAAUGCAGAGGAGAUAGGGCUAGGAAGUACCACAGAUCUAACUGCCCUCUCUGUCUCUCUACAGAGCCAAACCACCAGGGGUACCAUGAGUUGAAGGAGACUGCACCAUUUAGUCAUUACUAGGCCUCCUAUGGACUGAAUCGAUGUGAUAUAAAUGGAGAGGGGGGUUGGGUCACUCUCUAUAGUAGUUUUUUAGUAGUGUACAGUAUCCACAGAGGCUGUGGACAUCAUUGAAGAGUUUAUGUGAUCUGAUGACCAACAAAAAACUCUUUUAGAAUGACAGGGCAAAUUGUUCUGGCUGGAAAUGUUAUUAUACAGUAAGUUUUACUGAGUCUUUGUCUCUCGUUUGUGUAUUUAUGGGAGCAGUGAUGGUUAAAAGUCAAAUGGGAGCAUGUAAGUGAAAAUAGCUGUUGUCACACAGUAUAGCAUUACCAUUUACCAAAUAUAUGUACCAUUAUGUAGGACUCUAUCAAAGUUUACACAUGUACAGUUUAGGUUUAGAAAUCAAUUUUCAGUAAUACCUAUAGAUUCCAUUGUCAGUGAUGUACUGUUCAUUAACUUAGAACAUUGUUGAAUUCAAUUUGUUAUUUGCCUUUUUUUACUGCUAAUUAUGUUAAGGGCGAAUUAGGUUUUGUCUGUCUGUAACUUAUCAAAAAGGUAUAUCCAAUGUCAUACUAAAUCAUCAUUCAUCAUCAUUAUAAAUAAAUAAUCACUGAUGUUUUCCUCAUCAACAUUA